AUGGCCCAAGGAACCGUCAAGCAGAAGGUCAAGACUGAGCCCAAGAAACCUACCGGUCCCCAGACUGGAAACAGAGUCAUCAAGCCCAAGAAGGCUGCUAUGCUGAAGCAGGCGAACAUGAAGAAGGUUCGUACAACCCGUGGAUCCAUGCGCAAGAUCAACAAAAGAGCUGACUCCCGAACANNGAAGCAUUCCGCCGGUCUGAUCACCUUGACUGAGCGCUCCCUCGCCGAAAAAGCCGGUCAUCUCGAGAUGCUCAAGGGUGGCAAGAAGGACAGACUCGAGAAGGCCAAGAACAAGGCUUUCAACAAGAAGUAG